UUCCACUUGUUGGUUGGCAGUAGCGCAGUGCACGUUCUCGAGACCAACGAAAGCCCUGCUGAUUACUCGCUUCUUCUUACAGUUAAUGGUCCUACAAUGCUUUAUCUCUGGAUCUUGGCUUUCUUGGCCGCAGAUGUUCAUGAUACUGCAGUGUAUGCGACGGCAGCAGGUGAUCCAGGCCAGGGGUACCAAACUCUGCCAUGCCAGUGGGUUGAAGAAGGCGGUCGCAAAUGGCUGGACAAAGGUGUUAUUGGCGGCCAUGAGAAUGGUCGAGUCAUGUACGUCGGAAGGGCUAGCUAUGAAGGCGGCGUCAUUCCAGGCAAGAUUAUUCCUUGGCACAACACCCUGUUCAUAGGGUCUGAUGGAAAAGAGAUUUCUUUCUCCAAAUAUCAGGCUCUGGAGUGUACAAGCGGCAGUCAGCUCAUUUGGAUUAAAGGAGCCGACGGGGAGUUACCCACUGGUUCCCUUCAGGGCGGAAACACAUCAACGGGCGAGCUUCUCUACAUUGGUCGCGUACAUCACGAUGACACCCUCACUGUAGGCAAACUGCACACCUCUCUAGGAUGUGUCUCUAUCGGGUACUAUGGGCAAGAAUACUGUCACCGCCAGUACGAGGUGCUGGUGUGGCCCAUUGUCCAGCUUGUGAAGUAAACCUUAUGACGACGCGAUAAGAAGCCACGACGCUGAUAGCGCAGAGAAACUCCGUCGAAUCAAUAUGAACAUCUUCUGAUCACUGAUGUUAUCCACAAUGAGAACCCAUCAGUGUUGCUCAUAAUAAUGAAUAUUGCUCCGCAAAGUUAUCCCUCCAGCUUUGUCUGUGCUGCUCAAACUGGAUGUAAAUGAAAGGUAAACUGCAACCUGGUUUAUGAAUAAAUUAGUCAAUUUUCAAAUAAAUAGCCAUAUGUGAA